UGUGGUUUUAACGUACGUGCUGUAGGUUCCUUGGAAUCUACUGCACCAAGGGCAGCGAACUCUGUUUUAAAGAGGGUUCUCUCCGUUGGCGAGAGCUAGUGCGCAGCGCUUGGAUCCUACCUCCUGCCCCGCCCCCGUACUCCCAGCUGUGUAGCCAUGUUGGUCAGCGAAGGAGGAGGCAGCGCAGGGCCCGAGCUUGCCCCGUCUCCCUGGGCCGUGGGUGGUGGUUCAUGGCAGCUCUUCCCUCCUGCAGUCUGCAAGAGCUGCAUCGUGAAGUUCCUGCAGACCAGCAAGUACUGCCCCUUGUGCAGCACCAAGAUCCACGAGACGCAGCCGCUGCUCAACCUCAAGCUCGAUCGCGUCAUGCAGGACAUUGUCUACAAGCUGGUGCCUGGCCUGCAGGAGAGUGAGGAGAGGAGGAUCCGAGAAUUCUACCAGUCUCGGGGGCUGGAGCGUGGCACCCAGGCCAGCCAGGAAGACCCUGCUUCGGACCGCGUGGGCCUGCCAUAUACCACCUUUGACCAUUCGCGCGCUCACUAUUACCGCUUCGACGAGCACGUCAUGCUCUGUCUGGAGAAGCAGAGCAGCUCUGGGAAGGAGAAGAGCAAACAUGUCCUGCAGCAAAAGUAUGUCCGCUGUUCUGUGCGGGCCCAGAUCCGCCACCUCCGCCGGGUUUUGUGCUGUCGACUGGAGCUGGCCUUGCAGUAUGUACAGAUCCUGUUUGACAACGAGGUGCUUCCAGAUCACCUGACCCUGAAGCAGCUUUGGCUCACCCGCUGGUUUGGCAAGCCAGCCCCUCUGCAUCUGAACUACAGCGUGAAGGAGAAGAGGAGGUAGGGGGCAGCUGGCUGUGACGUCACUUCCCAGAGGUGGCACUCUCCCCCCAGCCCUUUAAUUUAAGCAUUUCUGCUCUCGAACAGGCAUUUAUUUUUGUAAUAAAAAGACUGACAGUGA